CUCAUGGUGACGGUCACAAGGACGGUCACGUCGCAAUUGCCGAUCAGUCGAUCCGUCAUGCUCUGGUGUGACGGUGUCUGAAGUUUGAACAUUUCAAAGUUGGAAUUCAAAAGCACGUGUGCCAAUAGAUUCUAUGGCGGCACUACUGCAUGAGUCAUGACACCUGCAAUGCAUCUGCGGAAAACUCAGAAUGGCUACAGCAUUGUGCUGGAACUUGAACUUGAAGAUUCAGCCAGGCCAUCUCAAUGAGCGCAACUGCAGCGUUGGACGUUUGAAUCUGUAACAAGCUGCAACACCCUUAUUGGCUUCAAGCAGAAACAUGGAGAGUGUUUUAUGAAUGCUGCCAUGCACCGAAUUGCUCGUAGAUGACAUCUUGCCAGCUAGCUCGGUGCUGAUGUGAAGCUGGUGACAGCUGUACAGAUGGAUCAAGGCGCCGCAGCGCGAGAGAUUUUACCAGAGGCCACUUCUCCGCAAACGGCUGCCCCACCAGCUGGAGACCCUUUGCUGCCGGUGACUCUCGGCGAGUUACAAGAGCUGCAGGCCAGUUUCGCCAAAGACCGCGACUGGGACCAGUUCCAUAGCCCACGGAAUCUCCUGCUGGCAUUGGUUGGCGAGGUGGGCGAGUUGUCGGAGUUGUUCCAGUGGCGGGGCGAGGUUCCCCGGGGCCUGCCCGGGUGGACCCCCCCCGAGCGCGAGCACCUGGGGGAGGAGCUGGCGGACGUGCUGCUGUAUCUGGUCCGCCUUGCUGACGUGUGCGGGGUCGACCUCGGCCGUGCUGCGCUGCGCAAGCUCGAGAAGAACGCGCAAAAGUACCCCGUGGAUGCGUGCAGGGGCUCGUCACAGAAAUAUACCGCAUACCAAGAGGCUGAGGCAGAAGGUUCAAAAUCAUGACGUGGGAUGCGGCGCUUCGAUCCAUCCAAUUCCGACUCCAAGAAAGCUGCCCGGCAGCCAAAAUCUGGGUCUCGCAGACAGUGUUGGAGCUAAAGGUACUUUGCUCGUAAAAGACCGGACCAACGCAAGGCCCGUACACAAGUGCAUGAAAGAGCGAAAAAAUAGACAAAAGCUGGUUUGAGCUUCGAGCACGGUUGCUUGGCGGCUGACAGCGCCCCAAAAUUCGUCGUCGGGGCUGCACGCGAUGAGACGCGACUACAAUAGCCACUCGACUGGCGACUGAGUCAGAAAACAAGCUAGCCGCACGGGGCCUGCUUCUUUCCAAGAAGGCUAAGGACGUAAAAGUUUGCAGUGAACAGAACCAGCGUCCUGAAUGACUGCACCCAAAUAAGGAGCAGUUCUAGUACGGCUUAGCCCGUAUCCUUUGAUGAUCAUACGGGGGAGCCGAUGGCGGCCCCUACUGUUGUAGCUUAAAGGAGCCCCGCUCCGCCCGCAUGUAGCUUUCGCUACCCUAGUUUCAUAAGUGCUCGUGAAAGUCAGAUAAUGAUGAUUGGAUCUACCUGGUGCACAGCUUAGACGUGAACGGACCGUC